GGCUGCGGACCGGCGCCUCCCAGCGCCUCGCGCGCGGCCGGGUGUCGAGUGUAGGCGGCUACCGGGCGAUCUCCUUCGGGCCGCGGCAGUCAGUGCCACGAGGAUUGGUGUCCGCCAUCGCGUCUUUAGUGGAGCUGAGGGAGGCCAGCAGAGGUCUCCAACUGGACAGAAUUUUCGGAGGGACCGGAAGCGGUCCGACGCAGAGUCGGAGAUGUCACCAAACGAAAAGCAGAGAGUCUGAUACUAGCAGAGGAGAGCGUCCAGCGCCCGCUGUUUUGCCACGAAAAGCACAUUUUCCAACAUGAUGGUGUGUGUUGUCUUCUGGAUCAAUGUAAAAAGCUGAAGCUACUACACACUUUAUUGCCUACAACAUUUAACAAACUACAUCAUUCACCCCAUUCAACUAAGGCAUCCUGCUUAAUAGCACGGAGGGGAGAAGAUGGAUUUGACAAUUACAGUGCUAUUAACCGUAGCCCUGAGAUGCAUUCAUUCUGUACUGAUGGACUACAAGAAUUCAACUUUAAAAGAUGGUUUGAAAAGCAAAGAAACUGAACAAGAUGUGUUUAGUAUAAUUUUAAAACAGAACAAAGAACUACUAAAGCAGACGGGAAAUAAAAUAAUUCAUUUUGGCGAUGUUCUAGUUGAUAAAUCCAGAAAUGCUAUGGUCUGUAACUGGAAACCAAAAAGUUGCUUAUGGCCCGCUUCCAAGGAUGGGAAUGUUUAUGUACCAUAUAUAUUAUCUAGCGAUUAUGAUGAGUUCGACAAAAUGAUAAUUCAAAAUUCGCUGGCUGAGAUCAGUUCUUUAACAUGUGUGAAAUAUUACUACAGGCGACAUAAUGAACCUGCAUAUAUUUCUGUUAAACCAAAGAAAGGGUGCUAUUCAUAUGUAGGUUACCAAAAAAAGGAAAGGUCGCUAUCAUUGGAAAAACCAGGUUGUGUACAUUUCGGUGUAGUAGCACAUGAAUUUUUGCAUGCAAUUGGUUUUCAGCAUGAGCAAUCCAGAAGUGAUCGUGAUGAACAUAUCACAAUCUUUCAGGAUAAUAUUAUUUCUGGGCAGGAAUAUAAUUUUAACCGACUAAAUACAAAUAAUCUUGGCACAAAAUAUGACUAUGGAUCAAUCAUGCACUACGGCAAAACCGCAUUUGCCAAAAGUGGAACAAUUACUAUGGUACCAAAGCCAGAUCCAAACGUUGAACUAGGACAGUAUUUAGGCCUUACCACCACAGAUGUUUAUAAGAUUAACAAACUGUAUAACUGUGUUAAAUGUGGAAAUAUGUUAAUUAAGAUGUCUGGAAGUUUUACCUCCCCAAAUUUCCCAGCGGACUAUCCCAAUAAUGCUGACUGCAGGUGGAUAAUUAGAUCAAAACGCAGAUACAAGAUCCUCUUGGAAUUCUCUUCAUUUGCCAUAAAAGAAUUUGCAGCUUGCCUUGGUGAUCAUGUAGCAGUUUACGAUGGUGCAAAUAAGCUUGCAAAAAUCCUUGUAAGACCAGCUUGUGGUGCAGAAAAUCCAGCAGCUCUGUCAUCACGUAAUGAGUUACUUAUUACAUUCAGCUCGACCAGGCGAUUACCAGCACGUGGUUUCAGUGCUAAUUAUAAAUUUGUUGUGUGUGGGUUUAUGAUAAAAAGCAGAAAAGGAACUAUUACCAGAACAUCUACCCGCUUCAGGGACACGCACUGUUUUUGGGUCCUGCUCACCAGAAUAAAUCGCCAGGUCUGAACCUAACUUACUGAAACAUUUGAUUUCAAAGA